AUGGACUGUGAAGUAAGUGGCUACAGUAAGCAGGUAAGGCUAGAGUGUCAGGUGUUCUUCAAGAGAUGUGACAAAGAGCUGUUAAAGGUGAACAACUUCUAUUCAGAAAAGUUAACAGAGGCGAACAGGAGGCUGGCCUCAUUUGGUCUCAUUGCUCUGGAUGGUUCUGGUCAAGGGCAAGGAGGAGAUGGAUGUGUCACAGCCAACUCAAAGGCCUACAAACAUACACAGAGGAAAAAGACUGAACUGCGUAAACUCAAAAUGGCUGUAGGGGAACUUUAUCUGGGUCUGGUCUUUCUCCAAAGCUACCAGGAACUGAACUACACAGGUUUCUAUAAGAUCACCAAAAAGUAUGAUGCAAAAUUUGCAUGUGAGCAUGGACUACAAUGGAGGACUGAAAAACUGGACGCUUCUUUCCUUUACACAGAAAGGACUCGCUGUGGUCAGAUGAUGUUUAGACUGGAGACCUUCAUGCUUCAGCUUGAGGGUGGCAAUAAACAGAAAGCUUUGAGAAGGCUACAAGUCCCACCGAGGGGAACGGAACAGACAGCUGGACAGUGGAUAACCUUCAGGAUCGGUGUCACCUGUGGCCUUGUGAUAGCUCUGCUAACUUUAAUUGCUUUUAAAGUGUGGAAUGAACCGCACCUAGAGCAUCUGAAGGCACUCCUUCAGCUCUACAGAGGCAGCUUUCUGCUGAUUGAGUUCCUGUUCCUCAUGGGACUGAGCAUGUGUUGCUGGGGGAAAUCUGGAAUCAAUCACGUCCUCAUCUUUGAGCUGGAUCCCAGACAACACUUAUCACAUCUACAUAUUUUAGAGGUGGCAGGAUGCCUGGCUGUAUGUUGGUGUGCUAGUGUGCUGGCAUCUCUACAUUCCUCACUCUUGUCAGUCCCACAGCAGCUCCACCCCCUUUUCUUCCACAGUCUGCUGUUGCUCCUGCUGUUAAACCCCACCCCAACAUAUCACUCUCGCUCUCGUCGCUGGCUCCUGACUGUGAUGUGGAAAGUCCUGACAGCAGCUUUACGGCCUGUUGGGUUUGCAGAAUGCUGGUUAGCUGACCAGCUCAACAGUCUGAGCCCCCUCAUCCUGAGCCUGUGGGAGAUGCUGUGUUUCUACACUAUUCAAAUAAGCUGGAAAGAUCUGCAGGCUGGUAGCUUUCUGUAUUCAGAGAGCCUGGACUGGGAGAAGCAGAGUAAAGUAGUCCCGUGUCUGAUUCAGUGCUUCCCUCCAUGGUUGAGGUUCACUCAGUGUCUAAGGUGUUUCUGGGACAGUGGUCACACAAUGCACCUUCUAAACGCUGGGAAAUACUCCACUGUUUUUCUCAUGGUCACCUUUGCUGGCCUCUACAACAUAGCAAGAGAGAGGGCUGCUCUGGCUGUGGAGGUGAAUGCAUAUCUGUAUCUGUGGGCCGUGGCUACCUGUUUGAGUGUGUUAGUGACUGUCAGCUGGGACCUAAGGAUGGACUGGGGACUGCUACAAGGGAAUGGCCUCCUAAAAGAGGAGCUUCUGUACUCAAGAGAGGUGUACUACUAUGCAGCCAUGUUAGCAGAUGUGCUACUGCGGAUCUCCUGGGCUAUAAAUAUCCUCCUAGCUCAGAUGAAGGAUUCAGCUGCUGCUUCUACUGCUAGUGCUGUACUGGCUCCACUGGAGGUCCUCAGGCGUUCUAUGUGGAACCUCUUCCGGCUGGAGAAUGAGCACCUGAAAAACUGUGAACAGUGUCGAGCUGUUCGUGAUUUUGAGUUCCCUAGCAGGACAGUAAACGUGCCAGAGCAGUUCCUCCAAGAGAAGCUGAUGGACCAGGAUGAGCUAGAUAACAGUCAACACAAUAGCAGUACCUCGCAUCAUAAACCAACUUGUUUACUAUUCAGAUAUUUAAGACCAGCAGUUGAGGAGACAAACUUACCCAUACAGAGCCCAAAGAUGGAGCCAGCACCAUGUCCAUGAAGUGGAAAGAUGUGCAUGCAUGUAGAUAACUUUACAUCACGUAAGAGACAUUGAUGAGAGCUGAACCUCCCG